AUGCGAGCGAAGGGUUCGAGUUCGAAAUUCGAAAGCGGUCAUGUCAUCGCCUCUCGGAUUUCGUAUAAGUCACCGUCCAAUGUCAAAAUCGUGCACGUACCGCGAGCGGCGAGCGUCCGGAGCCAGCGCGUGCAGACAAUGCAGUCGUUGGUAGUGUGGCUGGCGGUGGUGUCGGCGGCUUGGGCACUGGCGGGCGCCUGCUCCAGCUCCAUCUCGAAGCGGCCGGCGCGGCCCGCGAGGCCGCAGCGCCCGCCGCCGCAGCCGCAGCCCCAGCCGCGCCUCAACGUGACCUUCCCCACCUUCAAGUGCGAGCCCGACUACUCGGAGUACUACUGCCUCAACGGCGGCGCGUGCUUCACGGUCGUCAUCUCGGACAGCCCCAUCUACAACUGCGAGUGCCGCAGCGGGUUCGUGGGCCCGCGCUGCGAGUUCAAGGACCUGGACGACUCGUACGUGCUGACGAGCCGGCAGCUCAUGAUGGAGACGGCGUCCAUCGCGGGCGGCGCCACGGUGGCCGUGUUCCUCGCGAUCCUGGUGUGCUUCGGCGCUUGGGUGAGGCUCCACCGGCGAGGCAAGAGUCCGCCGCCGGCCGAGCGGGGCCAUGUGCAGCUGGUGGCCGUGGCGGCGCCCCGAGGAGGCGUGCAGCUGUGCGCGCAGCCCCUGCAGUGCUAG